AUAAAGUGGGAGGACCCAGGGAGAUACACCAUACACCGCUCAAACUUCCCCUCAAAGGCAAAAAGUAACAACUUGUCAGACUUUAGACAUGUUUCUUUCAGAGACUGAGGAUGAAUUAGAACAGACCCACUCGGACUCAGACUCUGUAAGUGAGAACAGCCUCUGCAGCCUGGAUGAGGAUUACGUCCCGCGGGGGCCGGCCCGAGGAUCAGACCUAGAUGACCUAACCGAUGAGGACAGUUCAGACGAGGAGUGGAAUAAUACGCCCACAAAGAGAAGAGGCUCCAGGAAGCGCCGCCGCUCUGUUUCUGUUUCUCCAGUGAAAUCCCCAUCUAAAAAGUGGGAACGAAGUCCCCUCAAAAAGAAGAUCCAAAAUGGAGCUACAACCAGAAAAAACACCUCCUCCCCAAAGACUGGUAAGGCCUUCUCCACUCCACGCAGGGGAAAUCAAAUUGGAAGGAGACGAACAGAAAGACAACUCUCGAGAGAGGAUGCAGAUGACGGAGAAGACCGGUGGCGUGACAUGGAUGAGGAAGAUGUUGAGCCUCCGCAGCCGCGGUUCAGACCUGAGAGGGACGUGGGCCCACAGCUGGACAGAACCGCAAACUACACGCCGCUUGAACUGUUCCAGUUGUUCUUCUCCACGACAGUGAUUGAUACUUUGGUGAAAAACACCAAUGCCUACGGGAAGAGGAAAUACCAAGGCCAGAAGGAAAGCUGGGUGCCUGUAACAACAGCAGAUAUGUACUCCUUCCUGUCCCUUGUCCUCUACAUGGGUAUUGUACCGCUAAAAACUCUGAGAGAGUUCUGGAGAGGAUCUAAGCUGUUCAGCCUGCCAUUUCCUGCCUCUGUCAUGCCUUGCAGACGCUUCCUGACCAUCUCCCGCAGCCUACACAUGAAUGAUCCUGCAGUUGAGGCAGUCAACGAUCAGAAGAAAGGGACAUCAGGGUAUGACAAACUAUGCAAGAUAAAGCCACUAUAUGAGCAAAUUUUGGAGGCCUGCUACACUUUCUUUCAUCCCUACCAGCAUAUCUCCAUAGACGAACGGAUGGUGGCGACUAAAGCAAGGAUCGGGUUGAAGCAGUACAUCAGAAACAAGCCUACUAAAUGGGGCUUUAAGCUCUUUGUUUUAGCAGACUCUGUGUGUGGCUACACCCUGAACUUUUUUGUGUACGGAGGAAAAGAUUGUGAACCCACAGGGAAGGGACUAAGCUAUGAUGUUGUCAUGAGGCUGCUGAAAAUCCCCUUUCUGGGCAAAGGUUACAAGCUCUAUGUGGACAACUUCUACACCAGUCCAACUCUUUUCUUUGAUCUCCUUCGGAAAAAAAUCUGGGCAUGCGGCACCGUUCGUCCCAACGUAUCUGGAUAUCCCAAAAAUAAAAAAAAUGACAUGAUUGAGAAAACGCCAAGGGGGACCAUCCGAUGGAUCAGAGAAGGGGACUUGUUGUUCGUUAAGUGGUUAGACACUCGGCAGGUGACCAUGUGUUCUACUUUACACAAAGCAUACAGCAAUGACACGGCAAAGCGCAAAGUGAAAGAUGCAGAUGGAAAGUGGACAGUGAAGGACGUACCUAUCCCAGGCUGCAUCAAAGAUUACAACCAGCACAUGGGGGGUGUCGACUUGUCAGACGCUUUAAUAUCCUACUACAACGUCCUACAUAAAACCCAUAAAUGGUACAAAACACUGUUUUAUCAUUUCGUGGACAUAGCCACUGUGAAUGCCUUCAUCCUCCACAAGGAAAUGUGCAAACUGCAGAAUCGACCCGUGUUAAGACAGAAAAACUUCAGGGAGCAAUUGAUCUUGUCGUUGGCUGAGAUUGGGUCAACUCCACGUCGGUCAGCUCGGCAAAACUUCCCAACAUCUCCUUUCAAAGUCCCUUACGUUUCUCCCUCCAAAGUCCGGCCUGCUCCUCCGUCCGAUGUACCACCAACCUCACGUCCUUUCCAAUCCAACGUCCUGUCGGCCUCUCCUUCCACAGUGUUAACUCCACCUUCAUCCACUGAGGUGCCACCUGCUGCAGCCUCAGGGGCACCAGGUUUCGGUCACCUGCCCUCUUACUUUGUAGAACAAAUGAGCAAUGUGGCUCCCAGAGAUCGGGCCACUGCCGGCAGAAGGGCGUGCGUGGUCUGCAAAAGAAAGGCGCCAGUCUAUUGCAGCACUUGUCAAAAAACACUCUGUUUCACUACUUCAAGAAACUGCUAUAGUGAGUGGCAUAGAAGAAAUGGUAUCUGUAUCUAAGUGAUAAGUCCUACUUUGUAUACAGUCUGUAUAACGUGCCCUUGAUAGGCAGAAUGAACCAAGUCAGUGAUUCAUCCGUCUUAAACGUGUGCCUCUGAUCACCACAAGCAAACAAAUGGCAACUAUUCUUUCAAACUCCCUUAGAUACUCACCUCACAAGGUUGUUACCUUGUGAUUACGCAAGGUACUUAACAACCCUUUUUAUAUGGGCUUCAAGUAGUCUGAGAUAUCUUGAGAUACUAGACACUGAAUAGAUAAUAACCAUAAUAACCUGUGGUUAGUGGACUAGAAAAGGAUCUAUGUAAAUGGAUAAAUCGACCCAUUUUUAUGAUUGGCAGAAUUGACUGUUAAAAUUAGAAUAUUCCCAGGGCUUCAGUAUCUGUUCCUGUCAUUACCCAUUAAGAUACAUCAAAGUGUCCCUAAAACUCUUAAUAAAAAACAUUAGGGAAUUUAUAUGGAACUGUAAAGAGUCUCACAAACCAGGACGCAGCAUGUUACUGCAUGGAUUCAUUUC